UCCGUCACUUUCUAAUUGAUAAAAGCUUUCAAAGAGAGUACCAUCAACUCACGUCACGAUAAUGUCGUCCGUGACCAUUUCGACACCCAGCACGCUGUCGUUGUGAGCCUUCCAGAACGCUGUCUGCCUGUAGGUCCUCAUUGAGGUGACGCUGACUUGACCAUGGGAGUCUCCAGCUGCUAGCCAUAGCGCUCCUGCGCUUUUUCGCGCAUCCUUUAAGCCAUGGAUGUCCUUGUGAAUUUUUUGUCUUUGUUUAGACGAGAAGAAGUGCAGGCUGUGGAUCGCGUACGGGAGAUGCUGGCGAAACGUCCAAAAGGGUUGCGGUGGCUCCUCCAUCGUUUACUUUACCAGGGCAGCAUCGAGCAGAAAGUGUCCAUCGAUAAGAAGAGCGCUGUAUAUCCGUGGAAGCUCGAUGGGCAUGUACAUCCUCAUGUGCAUGCCUACCACGCAACAUGGAGCCAUGUAUCGGUGGAGAAGUCGUGCAUAGGUGGCACGGCAAGGCUUGGGUACGGUGCUGAGCGCGUUAGAAUCAAGCCUCUUCGAAAGGUGCAUGCUCGAAGAAGUAGAAGCUACAUCAACAACGAUAUCCUCCCUUCAAGCAGAAAUAGGCCUAAGGAUCAAGGAGGGUCGCUGUGCGUUGACAUUCAGGCUGUUUCUUUUAUUCUUUGGUGUGUUUUAAUAAUCGGACAAUGGAUGUAUAACGGUGAAUUUUGAACCAGUCUAUGUCCACAUUCAGACACGGAAGUCCUGGUCGCCCUCCUUAUCCCAUGUGCUC